GCGGGGAGAGAGGCGGCGGCCGCGGGCGCACGGCCCCGAACCUGUCAGACCCGGAGAGCCGGCCUGGAGUGGCGGGCGCGGGUGCGGCCUCGCUCCCCUCGCGGCCCCGGGCGGAGCAGCGCGGACCAGCCCCCCAGCCGAGCCUGCGGGGGGCGCGGAGAUGAGCGGCGGCCCCGCGGCAGCGCCCCAGGAUGGGGAGGGACGCGCGGCACCGGCCCCGGCAACUGGCGCUCCGGUGAAGUAGGGGCCGCCGGCCGGCCGCCUGCACCGAGCGAGCCGUUCCGCGCCGCGGCCGCUCAGCCUCUGCCAUGGCCGGCUCGGGCGCGUGGCAGCGCCUCAAAUCCCUGCUGAGGAAGGAUGAUGCGCCGCUGUUUUUAAAUGACACCAGCGCCUUUGACUUCUCGGAGGAGGUGGCGGACGACGGGCUAGCUCGGUUUAACAAACUUCGUGUGGUGGUAGCCGACGACGAUCCCGAAACCCAGGAAAGGCCUGCUAACGGGGCGCAGCCGGCCCUCCAGGCCGACGACGAUUCCUUAUUGGACCAGGACUUAGCUCUGAGCAACAGUCAGCUGAGCUUGAAGGUGGACCCCUGUGACAACUGCAGCAAGCAGAGGGAGUUCCUGAGGCAGAGAAAGGUGAAAACCAGGUUGACCAUUGCUGCCGUUCUGUACUUGCUUUUCAUGAUUGGAGAACUUAUAGGUGGAUACAUUGCAAAUAGCCUAGCAAUCAUGACAGAUGCGCUUCAUAUGCUAACUGACCUAAGUGCCAUCAUACUCACCCUGCUUGCUUUGUGGCUAUCUUCAAAAUCACCAACCAAACGGUUCACCUUUGGAUUUCAUCGCUUAGAGGUUUUGUCGGCUAUGAUUAGCGUGUUGUUGGUGUAUAUACUAAUGGGAUUCCUCUUAUAUGAAGCUGUGCAAAGAACUAUCCACAUGAACUAUGAGAUAAAUGGAGAUAUAAUGCUCAUCACCGCAGCUAUUGGAGUUGCAGUUAAUAUAAUAAUGGGGUUUCUGUUGAAUCAAUCCGGCCAUCAUCACUCGCACUCCCACGCCCACACGCUGCCUUCCAGCUCUCCUAGCGCAGGGCCUGGUAGACACAGCCACGGGCAGGACAGCCUGGCAGUGAGAGCUGCAUUUGUACAUGCCUUGGGAGAUCUGGUACAGAGUGUUGGCGUGCUGAUAGCUGCAUACAUCAUACGAUUCAAGCCGGAAUACAAGAUUGCUGAUCCCAUCUGUACUUAUGUAUUUUCAUUACUUGUGGCUUUUACAACAUUUCGCAUCGUAUGGGACACAAUAGUUAUAAUAUUGGAAGGAGUACCCAGCCACUUGAACAUAGAUUGUAUCAAAGACGCUUUGAUGAAAAUAGAAGAUGUGUAUUCAGUGGAUGAUUUAAACAUCUGGUCUCUCACUUCAGGAAAAUCUACUGCCAUCGUUCACAUGCAGCUAAUUCCUGGAAGUUCAUCUAAAUGGGAGGAAGUACAGUCCAAGGCAAAGCAUUUGUUGCUGAACACGUUUGGCAUGUAUAAAUGUACCAUUCAGCUUCAGAGUUACAGGCAAGAAGUGGACAGAACUUGCGCAAACUGUCAGAGUGCCAGUCCCUAACUGUCCUUAUUUGGGGGUCUACUGCCUUAUUUAUCCUGCAAUCACAGACUGGCGAGCAAUAAAUGCAAACGUAGAUGAGAAUGUGGAGUCCCUGACAGCUCUUUCCAUAUCAAGUACUAGUCUCUCAAAACAAUCACUCCAGCUUAACAGUGCCAGUCUUUGCUUCUGGUAAAUCGAGACUUGGUGAUUUUCAGAUGAAGAUGUUUCCAAAACACUGUUUACAGAAUGAGACGUGACUCUAUAGAUACCUCACAGAAGACAAUCCGAGAUCCUGCUUCAUCAAUUCAAGAGUACAUGUCUUAAAGGAAGCAUCAAGCAUUCAGUAUUUGCAUUUAAAAAUACUUUUAUAUAUAUCAAGCCAGUGCUGGAAAACUGAAUUUUUUAAAAUUAUGUAAUCUUGACACCCAGCUUCUAGAAUUGCUGCUCUCUUUUUACACAGAUUACUUCUCAACAGAUUUCAGAAAUUACUAGAAAUUAUCCAGAAAGUGGAAUGAGCAUGCAUUCCUAAAUAUUUUAGAAAUGUUUUAUUUCCCAAGUAAGUCUGAAUGUUACUGUUAUACUUUAUAGACAACUUUUUCCAACUAUAACAGGGUUUUGACUCUGACAGGUAAUGUCUAAUUAUUUGUAAAUCUUACAAGAGCCAAAUCUUCCCAUAAUUGUGGUCACUGUCAUUAAAUUAUCUAGGAAAUAUUUUCAGUGUUCUGAAUGGCAGAAGUUAGUCUUAACUCAAAUUACUAGAUGAUGAUUUAAAACAGAAGAAUAAGGAUGGGGUGUGGCAUUUCAGAUUUGUCUUUCCCAAAUUGCUUUAAUUCGUGGAACUGUCUUAGGCACAGCAGGAGAAAGACAGCAAAAGGACACGGUGAUCCUCUGUCCCUUUAAGAGCUGCCAACACUUGACAGAGCUGCUUUAGUACCAGGACUACCCCUCCAAGCAAACGUGUGUAAGCACGAAACUGUGGGCCAAGGUUCAACUGUAAUAACCCAUCUCUCACAUACAGACCAAUCACAUUACUCCAGAGAAAGCUUCUGGUUUACUGUGUGAGUUAAGACUCUCCCUGGACUCCAGGAACCAAAGUUAAGAAAUAAUUUUGAGGUUUUCCAAUAAUACAACAGUAGAAAUGUGCAGAGGUGGUGGGAAGAGAUCUUAUUUUGGGAAAACCAAACAGAACUUUUGAGGGGGGGGACCAUUGUGUAUGUGUGUUUUAAAUCUCUGGAAUCUAAGUGGAUACUAAAUCUUCUGUAGGGAGGCUAAGCCUAGGGGUUUCUGAACGGAAAACCUAAUUGGUAAUGGUUGUGCUAAGGAAGCAGUUGGGAAUAUUCAUGUUUCACUGUGUAGCCAGCCACUGGUUUGGAGAUUACCUUUGUUCCCACAAGGCCCCUUUGAGUAGAAGCAAUUUCCUGUAACAAGAGUGGCUAUGGUUCCUGUGCUCUGCUGGGAACUAGGGUAGGGUAACAAUGACUUCUACAGUGUAAGGUGUGGAGUGAAGUCCCAGGUAAUCAUCACUGAUGACUUGUAAUAUAAAUGAGGAAAGGAGAUUCCAUCUUCUGACCAAGUACUGUACUGCAAGUAAGCCUAACAAGCCUGGAGAUCCCAAGAUUUUACCUAGGAUUUUGAGAAGUGGAUGGUAUCAGCUAAACAGUUGGUGGUACCUAACUGAAUACGAUGAACACUCACUCCAUAGGAUUCUUAGUGUGAAUCUAAUUAAAAUAAUUAUUUGGAUUUCUCUAAAAAAUUUCAGGAGAAUAUAAACUUUCAAUCAAAAUGCUCAUAUAAAAGGCAACUCAUAUGAAAGACAACU